AUGUCAAUGAAAUUUCACCACGGUUUUCGAUUUCCAUGGGAUGAUAAGAAAGACGGUUUGAAAUUCUACACCGAUCCUUCAUAUUUCUUCAACUUGUGGAAAGAGAAGAUGUUGCAAGCCACGGAAGACAAGAGGAAAGAGAAACGCAGGCAGAAGGAGCAGCGCUUGGUGGAGGACUCCACUCGGGAAGUGAAGAAAGUGCGGAAGGCGCGCAACCGCCGCCUGGAGUGGAACAUGAUGGCCUAUGAUAAGGAGUUCCGUCCCGAUAACAGAUCGUAUGCCUCCGAUGCCGCUGACCACUCUUACCCGGCCAGCCCUAACCACCCUGCCCAGCAGAUACUAGCCCCGGGCUCCCACCUGGCAGCGGACAGCAAGGAGGUCCUUCUGGUGGCUCACCAAGCCCAGGAGCAUGUCUACCGAGCCCCCACAGCCGGCAGCCGCCAGAACAGCCUCAGCCGAGCCCAGCAGCCUCAUGUGCCGCAGCCAGCAGAGACUAUGCUCAAUGGACCGCGGCCUCAGAUAGUCAAGGAUUACGGCCCACAGCAGGUACCGAUGGCAGAAUACUUUGUGCCCCCGGCCCCUCCACCGCCUCCCCCGGUCAUUCCUUCGGCCCAAACCGCCUUCGACAGCCCCAUCGCCGCCCCUCCGGCCAUCAGCGUGGCAUCAUCCUCAGCUGCCGGCCACCCCUCCUACGCCCCCUCCCCACCCCCGGCUCCCCCUUGCCCCUACUCCGCCUCUCCCCCGCAGACUGGCACCAUGGGCCCCCCCGUGGCCCCACCACCACCGCCACCUGGCCCCCCCACCGUGAUCGCCUCACCUGCCCACUCUGCCUCCCCUCCGGCCGCAAGCGUGGAGCCCCGCAAGGGCCAGGGCGCACUCCUCCCCAUAAGCGACGCCAGGAGUGACCUCUUGGCCGCCAUCCGGAGAGGAAUCCAACUCCGGAAAGUCCAGGAGCAAUGGGAGCAGGAGGCAAAGAAGGAGCCGGUGGGCAACGACGUGGCCACGAUCCUCUCCCGCCGGAUUGCCGUGGAGUACAGCGAGUCAGACGACGACUCAGAGCUGGACGAGAACGAGUGGUCGGAUUGAGAGAGGGCGCAGAGGAGCCCCCCAAACCUCCCUCCGGCCCCUUUCCCCUGGCCAGGUGUGUGCGUGUGUGUGUGCGUGUUGGGUUGGCCAACCUUGCUGUCGUGGGCCGCACCCGCCGCAGCCUCUUGCGUUCAGGAGCUUUGCUUUUGUGCCAUUUUGCAUCGUGGAACCUAUUCCCAAGUGGCCUCUCUGUGGGCAAGUGUGCAUUAGUGACUCUUGUCUUUUUGAAAAAACUUUUUAAGGGGGUGAGCUGAUUUCCCUUCUCUCCUCCUGAGUGUAAAAACCACUUUGAACAAUGCUAGGAAAGCAAAACCCAAGCCAGGGACACAGCCUUGGGGUCCAUUGUACAUGGAGUUUUAUGGUAGCUUGAGGGAAGUGGGUUUGUCCUUCCUCAAGUAGACCCACUGAAUCAAUGGUUGAGGAAAAGGCCAACAUAUAGGGAAAUCCUAUUGUUAUUGUUGCUAUCUUGCCCUUUUAUUCACUAUUGGAGCAAGGGGCUGCAUCUACACUGUAGAAUUAAUGCGGUUUGACACCACUGUCACUGCCCUGGCUGAAUGUUAUGGAAACCUGAGAGUUGCCGUUUCAGAAGGUCGUUAGCCUUCCCUACCAAAGAGUGCUGGGGCCUCACUAAACUACAUCUCCCAGGAUCCCAUAGCAUCGAUCCACGGAAGUUAAAGUCGUGUCUUGGUGCAUGGUCACUCCGCCGUUGCAUAACCAAUACUCUUAACUCCAUCGCAUCAUUAGGCGAUGGUGAAAACUAUUCAAUUCCAUGUUGCGCACAUAUAAGGCUGUUGAGACCUAAGUCCUAAGUGAAAUGCAAGCCAUAAAAUAUGAAAUUAUUUUAAAGAAUAUAUAUAAGAAUAUAUAUAUAUAUAUAUCAGUAAAAUUGAAAAAAGUUAAAAGCAUGACCAAGAAAAAGAGACUAUACGAACGACACAAAACAUUAUGCAAAGCCCAUUUCCCCUAAGCAAUCUCUCUCCAAAAGCUCAUUGACACAAAAA